GGUCGCGUUCUGGUUUGUCUCGUCGCGUCGCUCGUUUACGGUGUAGUGUACAGAUGGAGGAGGUGUUGGAUCUGAAACUCUGCCUCCUCUCACCCCUGUCACCGACAAACGUGGGACGCUGGAAUUUGUUAUACCCCACCAGAGACUUUUGCACUGCUUUUUAUACACCGUCGCGCCGCGGAGCUGGAAAAUAUGUUUAACUACUGACAGCGAUGAAAUAAACAUUGCACUAUCACCUGCGGUUGAGUAGCUACACACAAAUGUCAUGCACUGUUGAAGAGCCUUGCCUUCUAUGACAUUCAGAUGACUUAAUAACAACCAACAUGAAGCAGACAGGUACUGUUAGCAUGUUUUGCCCGUUAAAGAACUUUUAAACUUGUUGAAGUCAUUGUAAACAUGGAAGAGUCUGACGCUGGGAACGGUACUGGGACGCAUGGCUGUGAACUGGAGCGUUCUGCUGGAGACGGGGGACUGGAUGAGGUGCAGAUGCAUCUCGCCUGCUUACCGGAGCGAUACAUGAGGGCUAAGUUUUCCCUCUCCGCCUACAUAUUUUGCUGGACAGUUGUGAAGUUGUGUCAGAGAUUAAGCCCGUCGGCAGUUCUUCCCCAGGCCCCAGCUUUAGAGGAUUCUGGGAGUGAAGCAGGCUGUCUGGAAGAUGGAGAGUCUCAGCAGGAGGACCAUGGAGAGCAACAUCACCAUCAGGAAUGGUGUGAGCCGGUUCCUGAAGCAGCGCAGGAUAAAAAAGAGGAAUAUUUUGACACAAACUCAUGGCGCAGUGACACUUUCUCUAACCCCAAUCAUGAAACUAAGGAUGGCUGCAGGACGUCGCACAGCUAUGAGACUGGCUCUUGCUCUGUGGGUAAUCUGGUCUCACACUCUCCAUUAGUCAAACCCUCUCCUUCAGUCAGAGAGAGAAAUCCCUCAUUAGCAAAAAGCCACCAUGCUGUUUUUGACAGUCACAGUCGGACCACUGAGCAAUUGCAAACACAGACUGGAAAUACGGAGAUGAUACACAUGUGGGUUGAUGGUACUGGAAUUUCUGAUGCUAAAGGUGGUUCAGAUUGUGGGGAGGUUAUCAGCAAUUCUCCAGCAGGACCUGGACUUGAUUCUUCUUCAAGGAAUGGCCUAUCCUAUGUAGUAACAUCCCUAGUGGAAUUAAAGGACACUGUAGAACCACAAACACUCUGUGAGUCAAGUGCUAAAGACUCAUUAUUCACCUUAACAGACAGUGAUGGAGCCAAGUCUCAAUUUACUGACACCUUUGAUGAAAAAUUCAAAUUAGAACAAAUCAACAACAAUAUCAUGGACACUCAAUCAGGAUACAGCGAGCCACACAUACAGUUCACAAGUGAGAAAGAGUUACGGCAAAAUGAUAUUGACACUAGUAACACUGAAAUAGAGAUAAUUGGAUCCGUUGUGAAAAGUACAGAUGCUGAACAUAAUAAAUCAAACACUCAACAUGAUGAGCUGAAUGUUGAUGACAAUGAGAUCAGUUUAUCUGUCUCACGGCAUCUUUCUAAAUAUGAGUCUGUAUCAGUUGAGGAGCCUAUUGAACAGAAAGUUGUGGAGUCAACAGGACACAGCCAAUCACACAAUUCAAUAGAACACACCAAUUCACAGGACUCUACAGAAAACAUCCAAUCACAAGCUUCCAUAAAAUGCAGCCAAUCACAGAAUUCAGUAGAACACAGGCAAUCACAGGACUUAACAGCGCACAGUCAGUUACAGGAUUUUGUCGAAUGCAGCCAAACACAGGAAUCUGUAGAAUGCAGCCAAACACAGGUCUCAGCUGAAUACAGCCAAUCACAGGACCCAGUAGAAUGCUCAGAAUCACAGGAUUUAAUAUAUCACAACCAAUCACAGUACUCAGUAGAAUACUCCCAAACACAGGAUUCAAUAGAACACACCAAUUCACAGGACUCGACAGAACACAUCCAAUCACAAGCUUCCAUAAAAUGCAGUCAAUCACAGAAUUCAGUAGAACACAGGCAAUCACAGGACUUAACAGAACACAGUCAGUCACAGGAUUCUGUCGAAUGCAGCCAAUCACAGGACCCAGUAGAAUGCUCAGAAUCACAGGAUUCAAUAGAACACAAGGACUCAGUAGAACACAGUCAGUCACACACUUCAUCAGAACACAGCCAAUCACAUGAUUCUGUUCAGCACAGGAAGUCAAUGGAUUCUGUAGAAUGUAGCCAAUCACAGGAUUCGAUAGAACACAGCCAAUCAAAUGACUCAGUAGAAUACAGUCACACUUCAUCAGAACACAGGCAAUCACAGGACUCAGUAGAACGCUCCCAAUCACAGGAUUCAAUAGAACACAGCCAAUCACAAGAAUCAGUAGAGCACAGUCUUUCGCACACUUUAUCAGAACACAGCCAAUCACAUGAUUCAAUAGAACACAGCCAAUCACAGGAAUCAGUAGAGCACAGUCUGUCACACACUUCAUCAGAACACAGCCAAUCACAUGAUUCUGUUCAACACAGGAAAUCACUGGAUUCUGUAGAAUGUAGCCUAUCACAGGAUUCGAUAGAACACAGCCAAUCGCAUGACUCAGUAGAAAACAGUCACACUUCAUCAGAACACAGGCAAUCACAGGACUCAGUAGAGCACAGUCUGUCACACACAUCAUCAGAACACAGCCAAUCACUGGAUUCUGUUCAACACAGGAAGUCACUGGAUUCUGUAGAAUGCAGCCAAUCACAGGAUUCGAUAGAACACAGCCAAUCACAUGACUCAGUAGAACACAGUCACACUUCAUCAGAACACAGGCAAUCACAGGAAUCAGUAGAGCACAGUCUGUCACACACUUCAUCAGAACACAGCCAAUCACUGGAUUCUGUUCAACACAGGAAAUCACUGGAUUCUGUAGAAUGUAGUCAAUCACAGGAUUCGAUAGAACACAGCCAAUCACAUGACUUAGAAUACAGUCAUACUUCAUCAGAACACAGGCAAUCACAGGACUCAGUAGAAUGCUCCCAAUCACAGGAUUCAAUAGAACGCAGCCAAUCACAGGAAUCAGUAGAGCACAGUCUGUCACACACUUCAUCAGAACACAGCCAAUCACAUGAUUCUGUUCAGCACAGGAAAUCACUGGAUUCUGUAGAAUGCAGCCAAUCACAGGAUUCGAUAGAACACAGCCAAUCACAUGACUCAGUAGAACACAGUCACACUUCAUCAGAACACAGGCAAUCACAGGACUCAGUAGAAUGCUCCCAAUCACAGGAUUCAAUAGAACGCAGCCAAUCACAGGAAUCAGUAAAACAAAGUCACACUUCAUCAGAACACAGCCAAUCACAGGAUUCUGUACAGCACAGGAAAUCACAGGAUUCAGAACACAAUCAAUCACAGAACCCCAUGGAGAAUAGCCAAUCCAAUACUUCACUGGAACACAGCCAACUACAGUUUUCAGUGGAAGACAGACUAUCACAGGUUGAUCUCAGUAAGGCUGGUUUUAUUUCAAACACAGUGGCUUAUGAAAGGGGACAAUUAAAACAGGACUGCAUGGACAUUUGGAUGGACUGUGAAGUCAAUCAAUCAUUGAAAACAUCUGGAAGGCAUUCAUCAAAGGACACUGACAAAGAACUUGAUUUAAACUUUGAAAAGAAUGAAAGUCUAAAUUUCAAAAAGAAGGACUUGACUGACACUCCCGUUGUUUCGGAAAAUGAGUGUUUUGGAGCUGAGGGAGCUUUCUCAAAUGUGCCUAAUGCAACUUCUGCUGAAGCGUCAAAUUCACUGCAUCAGCAUCUGAUCAAUGACUGGACAUCAGAACAGUCAGAUCUGCAGGCCAUAACUCAUUGCAUUCACCAAAAUUGCCCAGUAAUGCACAGUGAAAAAGAAGAUUACUCAGUUAGUAGAUAUAUGGACAGUUAUUGUGUGCAGGACAGUGGGAAAACAUAUUCGGAGGACCAUGAGCCUGAGGCAGAUUUCUACAAAACCCAUCAGUGCCCUAAUAGUAAAAUUAAUUUUCUCAAACUGGGUGAAUUCACUGAAACACAAGUUUGUGUUAGCGCUAAAGAUGGUGAAAUUUUACAACGAACACAGGAGGAUCGCAACAUGCAUCACAAUAUUAAAGGGUACCAGAAAGAAUGUACAAUAGUUCCCUCUAUUGAACAAUCAGUAAUUUACUCUGACAGUUUGGGAUGCAUAGAAUACUCUAGGCCCAAGUCGUUGAGUGUUGCGUGUCCUGACACGAAGGCAGCUGAGGCUGAUGGGUGUCCUGUAGACAGUCCUGUCGAAUCUUUGGCUAGUCUGUUUGAGAAAUCUCCAGUCAGCCCUACAGAUGUUUGCUUUGAGCUCAGUGAUGGCCUUCAAAUGAACUGUAAACAAUUAGCGCAUUGCGUUAUAGAAUAUACAGAGACCUCCAAACAAUUUCACCGACCCAACACCCUAUCUGACAAACAAACAAGGCAAAAUGAGUCAGUCGUUGAGAUUUUGUCUAGUGAAUGUCCCGAUCCUUUCACUCCUUUUGAUUAUUCUCAGCUGAACAGUAGAAACCAUGAAUACAGCUCUGACACAAAUAAUAACAUUAAAGCCAUUACUUUAGCAGAUUGUGCCUCAAGUGUACAAAUGUCUUUGCCUAGUUCUUUGCAAAAAUACAGCAGAUCUAGUAAUAAUGCUGGAUGUUUAGUCUCAAAGGGCGGUGAUUGCAAAGAUAGUGAAUCUUUUAGUACCCCGGCUGGUCGGGCUUCCUCCUUCAAAGCACCUGAAAUGAAUAUUGUUAUGUACAGCAAAGAUAAUGUUAAGAAACCUUCAGAAUUCAAAGAUGUUACACAGAAGCAGCUCUGUGAUUGCCAUAAUGGGAAGGAGUGCCAGCUGCACUCAUCUUCAGUGGAGGGAGAGCAGGCAGCGGGAGGAUUUCAGUUCAAGGGCACGGACGGCAUCAGUCAGAGCAGUACUGGAGUUUUGCAAACCUUGAGUCCCCCAAACACAGAUGGUGAGGUUAAUUCAGACUCUACAAAUUGUGAAUUUUCACAUACUGUCCAUUUGCUUGCAAACAAACAUCCAGAGCUUGCCCGAGAGGAAAGCAAAUUACCAUUGAGUGGCUCUCUCAAGGUCGAUGAUACUCAUGCAUUAGAAAACACGGAGAGAAGACUCGAAACAUCCACAACAAACUCUCCUGAAAUCCCUGAUUCAUUAUGUGAAAAGUCUGAUCCUCUUUUUAAGCAGUCUUUGCAACUGCACAACCCUAAGAUCGAAGGCGCGUUUGUUACAUGUUGUCGAAUUUUACCCAUCACUAAUUUAGAAGCUAUUUUGGAGUCGGACCGUUCACUGGAGAGCCUGUUUGUGUUGGAGAAUGGACUGGAGGAGGAACAGAAAGGAAGUCCAAUAUCAGAAGGUGUACUUAAUGAGAAAUGGAGCUCUUUUGAUGGCGUUACAAACCGCCCACAUGACAACAUUUCUGCCAUGCGCACAAAAUCCAAUGUAGCCGUUGUCAUGAAUGAACCAGACGCUGGAGAAACAAUGAGCUCUUUAUCAAAUGAGUUUGAUAGCAGUGAUGGCCAUAGUGUUUCCAGUUCUGUGUCACAAGACCUUGACUUCAGUACUAACAGUGAGGAGACGGAGGACAGCACUCAGUCAUCGUCUAGUCUUCGUGGUUCUGCGAGGAAUAAGAGAACUCAAUCAGGGAAGGGCUCUAUGUUUUCAGUUUUUUCUCGAAUGCCCUCAUUCCGCAAGAACAAACGAGAACACAAAGGCAAUAACAAGGUUGAUCCGGAAGUUAAGGACUCCAAUGUGGAUGGAGAUGAACGGGACGAAGUAAAGUGCAGUAGGUCACUCACACGUAACAGUUCCCCAACUUCGCUGUACAAGACCCAUAUUUCACAAAGUACAGAUCAUCUCACAGACAUUACAAAGUUUUCUGACCACUCCAAUGAUGACAUUUUUGAAAAGGCUUUUGCUUUUAACUUGCAGUGUAGAGAGAAAUAUACACAAUCCCAAAAUUUGAAUCACAAAGAUGGAGAUGCACAGAAUUUUAAAGCUUCCCCAAGGACAGAGGGAUUGCAACAAAAAAGAAGCAAGAGUACCGAUAACUUGAACUUACGCCUGAAGCUCGCAAUGGCUCACAAGUCUCUGUCUAGCCUGUUUGAGUCCAGAUAUCCUGAGAGGGACAACCAGGAACAGAUCUUGCAGUCUGAAAAUGAGGAGGGGAAAACCAAGCAGUCCUGGAGGAAGAUGAAACAUUUUAAGGAAGCAGAACUUUACAAAAGAACUCUAUCGCUUCCUGGGACGGUCUGUGACAAGUCCACACAUCAGAGCCAUAUUGAUUGUGCCUUCUGUGCUCCUCAGAACAGAUCCAGACUUAACAGCUCACCAGCUUCCCAAAAGAGUUUAAGGAGCACUUGCCAUUUUGACCCACAGAGUUUGGAAUCUGCACCUCAGGAACAGGCUGAAGACAGUACGUGUCUGGAAGGAGGUGAGCUACCUUAUGCCACUUCCUCAGAUUCUGAUCAGGCCUCAGUAGAUGGCUUUGAGUCCAAUGUAGAGGAUAGGUCGCAGUCACCUGUAAAUCCCAAUGUUCUUGCACUCGCAACCCAGAUGUCACCCAUCUGGACCAGGUCUCUCAGCUGUUUCGAGAACACUGAUAGUCCGACAAGGCCCAUGAGCCCCAAACCUUCCAGUCCUGUUCUGGGCUGGACACACCGGAGGAGCUUCCGUUACCCCUCGAGAUCCGUUGCGUCCUCUCUCUGCUCGCUCGGUCAGGGAGUGAGCACUGACGGCCUCUCCGAUCCACCUCAGAGGCCGAGGUCUCUGAAACCAAGGACAGCGCAACUCACUACAACCCAGUCUUUUGAUUCUGAAUACUUACUAGAGGACAGCAGUUCAGACAGCCAUUCUCAGAAUAGCCUGAAUUCAGCAUCCCUGAUAAACAAACCAGAGCAUGUACAGCAGACUACUGAUCCAGCCAUCCAGUCAGCAGAGAGAAGACAACAAGGAAAUGCAUGUGUGCUUCGGGUGAAGUCCAGAGAGCAGGGUACAGCUGCACCCAGACCCAUCUCAGACCUCUACGGUUGGACCAUGUCUCUUCAGGGCAUCAGAGAGGUAGCGCUUGACCUGGAAAGGAAGAACAAUUCGACCGCAGCACAUCUACGCUCAUGCUCAUUUGAAACGUUGACUGACGUGGAGAACACCCAUAAAAAGAAGCUAAGCAUUCAGCGAAGUUUGCGCCAGCUUAGCACCCCAACAUCUGAGAAGCACAAGAAAUUGCACGCUAGACUUUCUCUCACUUCUCCGGAGCAAUUCCCCUCUCUUCCCCUCAAAGACCACUUCUUCUCCCAGAGCACACCUGUUGGACUGGACUUUUUGGGCUGGCCGCAUUAUGCGUUUAUUUCAGAAUCAAAUCUCGGCACACCAGCACAAGAGGCACAUGGACAGAUUGCUCCUCUAGCGUUGGUGAUAAACGAUGGAUCGCAGGAUAAGUCUGGCCUUGCGGAUGAGGUGGGGAGUGAAGAUGACCUGUACAAUGAGUUUCGCAGCUCCUCCAACCGAUUUGGACACCCAGGAGGAGGAGGAGAGCAGCUGGCCAUAAAUGAGCUGAUCAGUGAUGGCAGCGUGUGUGCGGAGGCUCUAUGGGACCAUGUCACUAUGGACGACCAGGAGCUGGGCUUCAAAGCUGGAGACGUCAUCGAAGUAGUGGACGCCACAAACAAGGAGUGGUGGUGGGGCCGGGUGUUGGACAGCGAGGGCUGGUUCCCUGCCAGCUUUGUUCGGUUACGGGUGAACCAAGAUGAGCCCAUGGAGGAAUACUUAGCCCAUCUAGACGGGGCCUCGGAGGGGGGUGGAGCCAGCAUGGGGGGCCCUUUAGGGCCCGGCCUGCCCUGCAAGGAGCAGAUGAGAGCCAACGUCAUCAAUGAGAUCAUGAGCACAGAGAGGGAUUAUAUCAAACACCUGAAAGACAUCUGUGAGGGCUAUAUAAAACAGUGCCGAAAGAGGACAGACAUGUUUACCGAGGAGCAACUGCGCACUAUCUUUGGCAACAUCGAUGAGCUCUACCGCUUCCAGAAGAAAUUCGUCAAAGCCUUGGAGAAAAAAUUUAACAAAGACCAUCCUCACCUCAGCGAGAUUGGCUCCUGCUUCUUAGAACAGCAAACAAACUUCCAGAUCUACUCGGAGUAUUGCAACAACCACCCCAAUGCCUGCGUUCAGCUCUCCAAACUGAUGAAGAUCAAGAAGUAUGUGUUCUUCUUUGAGGCCUGUCGCUUGCUCCAGAAGAUGAUUGAUAUUUCAUUGGAUGGAUUCCUGCUUACUCCUGUUCAGAAGAUCUGCAAGUACCCUCUUCAGCUGGCUGAACUGCUGAAGUACACCAACCCACAGCACAGAGAUUAUAAGGAUGUGGAAGCUGCCUUAAACGCAAUGAAGAAUGUGGCCAGACUGAUCAAUGAGAGGAAGAGGCGUCUGGAGAAUAUUGACAAAAUCGCCCAGUGGCAGAGCUCUAUUGAGGACUGGGAGGGUGAAGACAUCUUGAGCAGGAGCUCUGAUCUGAUUUUCUCAGGAGACCUGACCAAGAUCUCCCAGCCACAGGCCAAAGGCCAGCAGCGAAUGUUCUUCCUCUUUGACCACCAAUUGGUUUUCUGUAAGAAGGAUCUGCUUCGGAGAGACAUCCUGUACUACAAGGGUCGGUUAGACAUGGAUCAGAUGCAAGUGGUGGAUGUAGAGGAUGGGAAGGAGAAGGACUUUAACGUGAGUGUGAAGAAUGCCUUGAAAUUGUGUUCUCCCGGAGGAGAGGAGGUCCACCUCCUGUGUGCCAAGAAACCCGAGCAGAAGCAGCGCUGGCUGCGAGCCUUUGCAGAUGAACGGGAACAGGUCCAGCACGACCUCGAAACAGGUUUUACGAUCACAGAGGUCCAGAAGAAGCAGGCCAUGUUGAAUGCAUCUAAAAGUCACCCAACAGGGAAGCCCAAAGCUGUGACCAGGCCCUACUAUGACUUCCUGCUGCGUCAGAAGCACCCCACGCUCCCCACCUCCCUGCCCCAGCAGCAGGUCAUCAUGUUGGCCGAACCCAAACGCAAGACCUCCAAUUUCUGGCACAACAUCGGACGCUUGACACCGUUCAAAAAAUGAGGGACAUUCGCGGUUGUGCCUGAACUUGUGUUUUUAUCCCAGUGUAACAUUUUUAUUUGUAUUGUCCAAUUGCGAAAGCACUUUAUGGGUUUGUUACAAUCACAGCAUCACUCCCGGACGUUGCCGAACAUCGCGGGAGGGGGGGCGUUCCUGCUACGUUGUCCGGCUACUACUGCUCAACCGCUCCACUUCCCGACUAACACGACUACUGCUGCAAGUUAUCGUACGGACACGCUUCAUCAAAAGAGCCCCGCUUGAAGAGAGGACUUCUUUAUAUGUCGGUUAAUUUAUUUUCAAGUUUUCAAUGUAUGCCAGCUAUCCACAGUGCCCAACUACUAGCUUUUGUAUGUAAUUUGAUACUUUUUUGUGCAACCCAUGAUAAAGUUUCAAGUUUCAGGGGGUCCCGCACAAGACGAAAGUAGACCGUGUCGAGAUUUAUUACUGUAUUAACUUCCUCAAGGCUGUCACCCGAAGUCCGUCGAUAUCAUGCCAGUCUGUGUAUGCAACUAUCUCCGAACUUUCUCCUCAUGAAGCUUUUCGACGAAGUCCCAUCGGUACUCACCGUUUCAGAUGAGUGUUUCAUGUACGUGCUCGAUUUAAUUCUGCUGCCUAAAUAAUGACUCCUAUCUGUAACGAACUUCUCUCUGAAGUGCCAUUCCAAACGUAACCCGGAUGUUAUGAUGGGGGGUUGCAUGAAUUUGCUGUGAAACUCGACAUUUUCGACCCAAAUAAAAUUCUCAAUAUUCUGUCAUUCUGAUAGAUAAUGGUACUAUAAAAUGAAAGAGUAUCUUCGACAGUUGUCAAAUAUGUAUAUGAUUAUCUUUGACCACAAAACCAAGUAUGUUAAUAAAAAGCAUUUGUAAGUGUUAUGAAUCUGA